AUGGCCACCAGAGGAAUUAUAUGGAAAACAAUCGUACCGUAUGCUCCAUGGCAGGGAGGUUUCUAUGAGAAAAUGAUCAAAUCCAUCAAAAUAGUCUCUACAAAGUUGUGCAACGGAAGAUUCCAGAUGAGAAAACCCUCGAAACGCUAUGAGAUCGAAGGUUGCGUCAAUACCAUACCUCUCACUUAUCAAGAAGAGAAAUGGAAUGAAACACCAGCACUACGUCCGAUAGUUUUCAUUCAACGUGACAUGGUUGUAACGUAUCCAUGUGAAUGUAGUGAAGAGGAUAAGACGGACCACGAUUAUCUUCCAGCAGAUGGUGCCGUGAUACUACAAACUCGACAACAGACGUAA